AAUCGUCUUGACGUCACAUCCGUUUUCCUGUCCUUGGAAGCGUCGGGCUCACCACCGCUGGUAGACACAUGGCUAAACUGAGUAAGGAGAGCAAACAGCGGCUGCAGCAGCUGUUCCAGUGCGGCCAGUUUGUUGUUCGAUGGGGAUUCAUUCCAACCGUUCUGUACCUCGGUUUCAAACGAGGAGCAGAUCCAGGAAUGCCUGAACCAAACCUUCUGAGUUUGCUCUGGGGUUGACGACCACCUCCACGCGGCCAGUCACCUCCCUUCAUUGAGACCAUGUAACGUCUUUUUGGAAACCAGGAACUAGAUUCAGCACCUUCCUCCCAAUCUGCGUCUGAGAUGCUCUGAGAAUGCUGGAGCGUUGUUUUUCCCUGAACAGAUGCUGGUUUUCAUGUUUCCUCCUCAUCACUUUCUGAGAACUUUAUGCUCCAGUUCAUCUUUAUCUUUAUUAUAUCUGUAAUUUAAACAAUAAACAUAAAUGUUACUGUUGUCUUCAUGAA